AUGGCAGCUGAAUUUGUGCUCACUUUCGCUGCUGAGGGGAUUCUGACCAAGGUGUCUUCACUUGCCGCUAACAAAAUUGGUCUUGCAUGGGGGUUCCACACCGAACUGGAGAAGCUCAGACGGUCCUUAUCCAACAUUCAAGAUUUCUUAGGCAGCGCUGCGGAUCAGAGACUAGAUGCUCGGGGCACGCCAGUAGAGAAAUGGGUCAAGAAACUUAAACAGGUAGCCGAAGACGCAGAUGAUGUUUUGGACGAGUUCGAGUAUGAACUUCUCCGAACACAGGUGGAGCUGCGAAACCACAUGAAGAGAAAGGUACUCAACUUCCUUUCUGCCUCCAAUCCUCUUUGGUUUCGUUUCAAAAUGGCGCAUAAGAUUAAGAAGAUUAAUGAUUCUCUGGUGGAGCUUAAGAAUGAGGCACCUUUAAUCAACUUGGUUGCAAAAAAAGGAGAUUCAAGGCAACGACCAGAUCGAGUGCAAACUGAUUCAUUUUUUGAGGAUGGUGAAAAAGUUGUUGGAAGGAAAGACGCUGUGACAAAGAUAGUUACGACGUUGAUCAGCUCCGACAAUCAGCAGAAGAAUCUUUCAGUUAUGGCCAUUGUGGGAAUGGCUGGACUGGGGAAGACGACUCUGGCUAAAUCAGUGUACAAUGAACCUGCCAUAGGUACAUACUUCCAUAAAAGAAUAUGGGUGUGUGUGUCUAACACUUUUGAAGUGGAUACGAUUUUAAGUCAGAUGGUAGACUCUCUAGUACCAGGAAAGGCUGGAAUGAAAAGCCAAGAUGCAUUGCUUAAAGUUCUGAGAGAGGAGGUAACAGGGAAGAGAUAUGUUCUGGUGCUCGAUGAUGUUUGGAAUGAGGAUAGGGAAAAGUGGGAUAGCUUGAUGAGUUGUUUGUCAAAGCUGAAUUCUAAUCCCGGAAGCUGCAUUAUCGUCACCACCCGUAGCACUGAUGUGUCAACUAUUGCGGAAACACUCCCCAGACCUGAGUUGAGAAAUCUAUCAGAGAAGGAAUGUUGGUCCAUUAUAAAGCAAAGAGCUUUAAAUUUAGACGAAAAUGGUUUCAUUGAUGCAGAACUAGAAAGAAUUGGGAUGGCGAUUGCUAAGAAGUGUGGAGGGGUACCCUUGGUUGCAAAGGUUUUGGGAAGCCUACUGCGCUCAAGAGCUAGCAAAGAUAAAUGGUUGUCAAUUCGAGACAAUAGAUUAUGGGACCUACCUGAAGGGGAGGACAGGAUCAUGAAGGUAUUGAAGUUGAGUUUUGAUAAUCUGGAGCCAUCGCCUUUGAAACAAUGUUUUGCAUAUUGCUCAAUGUUGAGAAAAGAUUUCGAAAUUGAAAGAGAUAAUUUGAUCCAGCUUUGGAUGGCUCAAGGAUUACUCCAGACUUCAACUGUCGAAAAUCAUCAUGAGAUGGAGCAUACUGGCGAAGUAUAUUUUAACAUUCUACUAAACAAUUCCUUAUUUCAAGAGGUAAUUGAAGGAGGCAAUAUUACGAAGUACACAAUGCACGAUCUUGUGCAUGAUCUUGCAGAAAAAGUGUCUGAAAGUGAGCGCUUGACACAGGAGUUGAAUGAUGAUGUUCGACAUGUUGCACGUUGUCCACCUUCAACACUAGAAAACAUGUCAGAAGUAACUGUUGGGAGAUUGCGCUCACUAUUUUCAAAUGACAAGGUCCCCGAAAUCAUUUUCUCCAAGUUCAAAGCAAUGCGGGUCUUAAGUUUAGAUACAGCAGUUAUGAAAGAGUUGCCAAAUUCAUUUGGCAAGCUGAAGCACUUGAGAUAUCUAGACCUCUCAAAAACAAGAAUCAAAGCACUUCCCAAGUCAAUUGGCAAGCUCUAUAACAUUCAAACAUUGCGAAUGCAGAAGUGUGAUCUGAACAAGCUUCCAAGGGAGAUGCAAAACUUGAUCAACUUGAGGCAUCUUUAUGUUGAUGAGAAGAUAGAAUUUCCGGCUGGAAUGUUCAGGGGACUAACUAAUCUCCGGACAUUGUCUUGCUUUAAUGUGGGCGAUGAGAUGGGUUGUAGAAUUGAGGAAUUGGGUGGCUUGAACCAACUGAAGGGUACAUUAACCAUUCGUAAGCUGGAAAAUGCCGACUAA